AUGGAGAUCCGCACCUCUGCUGCUUCUUUCUUUCAGAAUAUUCUCUUGUCUGCUGAUGUGGAUCAGCUUCUGCCCCCGGAUCUUGAUGUGAUUCACGCUCUUCCUAAUACUGUAGAUAGAGAUGGUCUUUGUGCGACUCCUGAUGCGGCUGAGAUUCGAGCGACUGUCUUUGGGAUCAAUAGUGAUAGUACUUCAGGUCCAGACGGUUUCUCUUUUCUUUUCUUUCAACACUGUUGGGACUUUAUGGCAACUGACGUGAUUGCUGAUGUUCAGGAUUUCUUCUCUGGUGGUUUUAUGCCCUGUAGUUUUGUCGCCACUACCAUCGUCUGGCUCCCUAAGAAGACGAAUCCGGAGACUUGGGCUGACUACCAUCCUAUUAGUCUGUGCAACGUUACUAACAAGAUCAUUUCUAAGAUCUUGACCUCGCAUUUGGCACCCCUUCUUCCGUUGGUGUUGGCUCCAAAUUAG